CCGCGUGGGAUUGGCUUCCAGAAAUUAUUGUGGGUGGACUCGGUGCUCCGGGGCAGCAGAAGCCAGCGAACCACCCUCUCCCUCCCCCCUCCGUCUCUUGUUUUACCUGACGCCGUCUCCGAGAGGAAGAUCGCUUCUCGAAACACCAAUCGAUCCAGCAAUCCAGCAAUCCAGCAAUCCCCUUCGGUGUGGCCCUCCUCCGCCCCCGCCGACCUGUCCCCUGAGGGAGUUUACUUCUUUCUAUAUGGGAACAGAGGGAAAGAAUUGAGGAAGGUUGGACGCCAUGGGAGUGAUUUGCUCGAAGGGAGCUGCUGUUGAUAAAUCGCCCAGUGAAAGCACUCUUAAUGCUAAUGUCCUCAGAGAUGAUGAUAUGAUCGGUUAUGAGUCCUACGAAAGGGAGAAAAGCAGUUUAAAGACUGUGCCGGUGGCUGAAACUAUGGGGAAGGGGUUGCAUGAAGAACCCUACUUGGUGCCCAAAGAGCCCCAAGAACCCAAAGAGUCGCAGCUGUCCAGAGUUCUUUCCCUAAAAUCCAAGUCAACAAAGUCAAAGCCGGCCGCCUCUGGGAAGAUCACGACAACCAAGGUCUCGGAAGUCAGCUUACUUUUGGGGAGGGCUGGUACCGCUGGACUUGGAAAAGCAGUGGAGGUUCUGGACACACUUGGUAGUAGCAUGACUAGUUUGACCCCCAGUGGCGGGUUUGUUUCAGGGGUCACAACGAAAGGCAAUAAAAUAUCAAUUCUAGCUUUCGAAGUUGCAAACACAAUAGUCAAAGGUGCCAAUCUCAUGCAAUCGCUUUCAAAAGAAAAUAUAAAGUAUUUGAAAGAAGCGGUGCUUCCCUCAGAAGGUGUGCAACAUUUAGUUUCCAAAGAUAUGGAUGAGUUGCUAAGGAUUGCUGCAGCUGACAAAAGGGAAGAGUUGAGAGUAUUUUCUGGAGAAAUUAUUCGAUUUGGUAAUCGUUGUAAAGAUCCUCAGUGGCACAACCUGGACCGUUAUUUUGCCAAACUAGAGUCAGAACUUACACCUCAGAAGCAGCUGAAAGAAACAGCAGCUGGAGCUAUGCAGAAUUUGAUGACAUUGGUUCGGUAUACAGCUGAACUGUACCAUGAGUUGCAUGCAUUGGAUAGAUUUGAACAAGAUUAUCGACGGAAACUUGAUGAAGAGAACUUAACUGCAAUUCAAAGAGGGGACAAUCUUCAAAUUCUAAGGCAAGAAUUGAAGAGCCAACGGAGGCAUGUAAAAAGCUUAAAGAAAAAAUCACUCUGGUCCAGAAUUUUGGAAGAGGUCAUGGAGAAGCUCAUAGACAUUGUCCACUUCUUACAUCUGCAGAUCCAUGAUGCAUUUGGAACUGCUGACGGAGAUAAACCUUUGAGGGGGUCCAGCAGUCAUCAAAGAUUAGGGUCAGCUGGUCUUGCAUUGCAUUAUGCAAAUAUCAUCACUCAAAUUGACACUCUUGUAUCACGAUCAAGUUCUGUGCCUCCAAACACAAGGGAUGCAUUGUACCAAGCACUGCCUCCCAGCAUAAAAUCUGCUUUACGCGCUAAGUUACAAUCAUUUCAGGUCAAGGAAGGGCUCACUGUUUCUCAAAUCAAAGCUGAAAUGGAGAAAACGUUGCAAUGGCUUGUCCCAAUUGCCAAUAAUACAACCAGAGCACACCAUGGUUUCGGUUGGGUUGGGGAGUGGGCAAACACAGGGACUGAAUUGAAUCACAAACCAGCUGGGCUGACUGACUUCAUCAAGAUAGAGACACUCCACCAUGCAGACAAGGAUAAAACUGCGGCAUACAUACUUGACUUGGUGGUGUGGCUUCACCAUCUAAUCAGCCAGUCUAGAUCUGGAAAUGGAGGCAUCAAGUCUCCAAUUAAAUCCCCAAUUCAUUGUCCCACAAAGAUGAGCUUGGUAAUUUCUUUGGCACAGAACAAAUCCAUCAGCCCAACAUCCAUGCUUACACAAGAAGACCAAGAAAUGUUACGAUAUGUCAACUCCAGAAAACUUACGCCGGGGAUAAGCAAAAGCCAGGAAUUUGACAGUGCCAAGUCAAGAUUGAGCAAGGAUGACAGGUUGAGUAAGAGCAGUAGUCAUUCUCCAACAAGUGAAAGCACAAAAGAACUAUCUGCGACGAGGAAUCCAACAGUGGCCCCCAUCAUUGAUUUUGACAUUGACAGGAUUAAAGUUUUUGAUGUAAUUGAUAGAGUGGAAAAUCCUUAGAAACUAUUGAGAGUUUGCAUUCAGGGUACAAUUGGAUUAUUGGUGUAGGAUACUCUCGGAUUGGGUAGAGGCAGCAGUGUAAGAUAAACAAGAGUGGCAGAAGGGAUGGGUAUAUGUCUUUUGUACACAGCAAUGGUGAUCAUGGUUGAUUUGUAUUUUAUACAGGGGAACUGUUCCAUCUUAUAUGCACAAAUCAGAGGGAGGAAUAGGGCGGCAUCACCUGAGCUUAUAAAAGGGAUGUGGUGAUUUUUCUAAUACUCAAUUUUCAGUUACUUUUCUGUCA